AUGAGGCCUCCGCCGAGUCGGAGAAGGAAGCCCCGGGGUGUCUCUGUGGGACUCUUCGCCCUGUGCCUGGCCGCAGCCAGCAGUCUGCAGAGUCAGGGUGUGUCCCUGAACAUCCCCCAGGCCAUCAUCAACGCCACAGUAAAGGAGGACAUUCUGCUCUCGGUGGAGUACUCCUGUGCCGGGGUGCCCACCAUCGAAUGGAGGUACACCUCCAACUGGGGUGUGCAGAAGAAGAUCGUGGAGUGGAAGCCGGGGAGUCCAGCCAAUGUCUCUCGAAGCCACCAGGACCGGGUCUGCACCUUUGACAAUGGCUCCAUCCAACUCUUUAACGUGGGUGUGAGCGACUCCGGCUACUAUGUCAUCACGGUGACCGAGGGCCUGGGGAGCAGCCAGUUUGGCACCAUCGUUGUGCAUGUCUCAGAGAUCCUCUAUGAAGACCUCCACUUUGUUGCCGUCUUUCUUGCUUUCCUCGCUGCUGUGGCUGCAGUGUUAAUCAGCCUCAUGUGGGUUUGUAACAAGUGUGCUUAUAAGUUCCAGAGGAAGAGACGACACAAGCUCAAAGAAAGUCAGACUCAGGAGAUCGAGCUGCAGGAUGUGGAGUGCUAG